AAUUUUUGAAUUAAUUACGGGGACUGUGACACGAAGGCCGUCGUCAACUGUGCACCAACCCACCCAUGUAUAUAUAGGAGGGUAAAUGUUAAAGUAAACACAGUCAAACAAACCCAUCAACCAUGAACACUCUGUUUGUUGCCGUUAUUGCCUCUUUGGCCGCCCUCUCCGCCGCUAAGCCCUCGGGCAUUUUGGGCGGAGGGUUGCUGGCGGGACCCAUUGGUUGGGGCGGCGGUGCUGUGCUGACCGCCCCCAGCGCCGGCGCUGUGAUUUCCGGUCCGGCUUUGGGGCUCGCCGCCCCUCUUGCCGUCGCCGCAGCCCCCGUCGCCAUCGCCGCCCCUUUGGGAGUUGGAGCCAUUACUAAUGGGGGUGGCACCAUUGCCGCAACUGCUGCAGGUGCUGCUGUUCGGGGACCCGGAACCGCUCCGGUUGUGGUGGCCGGACCUUCUGGAAAAAUCGCCGCUGAUGGGCUCUGGGGACCUACCGCUAAUAUCGGGCUAGGAGCUAUAGGGCUGGGCAAAGCGUGGUAACCCGGGUUAGGAUAACUGGUUUCUCACUGCCUUGUUAAUGAUAACUUAGCUGUUUUGUGUUGUGAUUUUGUAUAAUAUUAUGCGCUGAAUAAAUGACUGAUUAUGUGAAAUGUAUAAA